GGUAACGGUGUGUUGUGAAGACAUUUCUGGGGAGUGGCCUGCUGGUCUUUCUCACAGAUCGUCAUCGUCAUCAUCAGCCUCCAGCAAGAUUCCACUGCAUGAUGAAGCCAUUCUCGAACCCUCUCAAGUCACCUGCACAAAAAAUGCAAUGGAGGUAGUGAGUGUAGCGGCCAGCGUGGGCGAGGUGCUCGGGGGCCCUCAGACACCCACCCCGACCACCUUCACCCACGACCACACCCUCCACGCCCACACCGAACACACAGAUCGAGUUCGAACAGACGAAGACGAAGACGAAGAUGAGGGAGACUCGAGGAUGGACACAGACCAGGACGUAGCCGUGGUCGAGGAUGGCGUUCCUUGCGAGCCGGAAGAGACGUCCGAGGAGACUUCUGAGGUGGACAUCGCCAUACUCAACCCUGACAGCCAGACUCACGCCCUCGAGGAAGAGUCCAACCCUGACGCGGACUCUGCAGUCCAUGAGGAUGACGUCACUGGCGACCACAUGGACUGUGACGAUUCCGAGAACGCUCCCAUGUACAUAGACGACGAUUCAUCCUCGCGCGCGUACCCUGAGACUGUGAGUGACAUGCCUGUGGGCUCCCCAUCAGCGCCCAUGCCCAUGCCCGAGGCUGGGCGGCGCAACAAGCGAAAGAACUUCAAACCGCGCAAUAUUGUGUACGCUUACACGGACAGCGAGGACAACGACGGCACGAGUGAUGCUGAAACACGUGCCCAGCACCCAUCCUCUGACUCCCACUUCGAUCCCACCACCUCUGACCUGCCUCUCGACCUCUCCGAGACGCCUACAGUGCGGCGCUCUCUCCUGCCUCGCCGCCUAGACGAGGCUGUGGAUUUGACGGGCGGCGCGGGCGUGACCGUAGGCGGCGGCAGCGGGAACAGCCCCAGUGCCCAUCCCCGCCUCAAUGCCCUACUGUCCCGCUCAACCUCCCCCGGCCAGCAGGAGGAGGGAGGCGGAGGCAUGCCUGGAGAAGGAGGACCAGGAACAGGAGGAGCAGGUGGAGGAGUAGGUGGCGGUGCAGGAGGAGGAGGCAGCAACGACGGAGCAGACAUGAAAGAAUACGCUGAGCUGACCAUGCGUCGGCUCCUCGGCCUCUACGGCUUCAACGACCUCUCCGAGAACCUUGCGCUGUCCCCGGCGGCUCUUUAUCAAGGUAGGUGGCACCUUUGGUAUCAACGCGUCAUCAUCACACUCGCUGUUCCUCGUGACCAUCAGCUGUCCCUACCUGUUCAUGCCCUCACUGUCAUCACUUCUCGUCAUUCAACACACAGGGGAAUAUCAAGGCUACUGGAUCUUGUUACCCUGCUUCCAACUCGCUACAUGUUCCUCCUUCCUUCUGUAUUCGGCUGUUUCUUUGUUCACCUUGCCCCUUGUGCUGUCCAGUGUUUUGUCACUCUUGCCUCCUGAAGACAGUAGAAACUUGCCAUUACGUGCAAGUGUAGCCUUAUAUUGCCGCAUUACUGGCGUGGAAUUUAAAGUCGCGGCACAUUUCACGUACUCCUCGUGCUAUUCUCUUGGAUCACUUCGUCUUCCACCCUCCUCCUCCUCCUCCUCCUCAUCAUCAUCAUCAUUAUCAUCAUCAUCAUCAUCAUCACCAUCAAGAAACGC